AUGGGGAGCACGCUGGCCACCAGCAUUGCACCAUGGCACGCGGGCCAGCGGGGUGAGGAGGCCGUGGACGCGGGUCAGCGGGGUGAGGGGGCUGCAGCCACCCAGCUGUCACAGGCUGGCUCCAUGGCAUCACCACCCUCAUCCUUCAACCCGGGACCUCGACAGGAACUUUAUGGGUCAACUGACUGGGUCCAGCAUGAUUCUGGGUGUGUCUGUGGCGAGGGGCGUCGGGCGUCUGGACAAGAAAUCAACGAGAGGAAGCCCAGCCACGUGCAGAGACGUCUGCGGAGAAGACGGGGCUCCACGGCCAUGGCCACGGGCCUCUCGGCCGCUCUGAGUGAAGUGGUGCGUCCUGAGCGCCUGCACGUCCUCGGGGCUUGCCGACUCCGGGUAAUUAAGUCGGGGGAGCUUCCAGGGGAACCGAGUAGCGAGAAGCAUUUGGCGCGCAUCGUGGACACACCGGCCCAGCAGCGGGUAACCAUCGGCCCCAGGCCCCCUCCCUCACCGGCUGGGGACGUCACAGAGCAGCCCCGCCAGUCCUCCCGGGCCUCAAGCCCUCCUUCCACAGCCCAAGGCCGCUCAGAGAGGGUGGCGACUGCUCUGGCAGCUGCCAGCCGCGACACCCACUCCACGAGGGGGCACACGGCCCCCGGGGCCGCCAGUGUGCAGGGCGGCACGCUCCCUGGAAACCGCAGGCCGGGGGCGGGUGGCCGACAGUUACUCCUAGUCAUCCUCACGCCCUUGCCCGCCAGGCCCACCAUGACGAUCCCGACAGGUCUAAUCCUGAGCCCGGAGCCCCUCAUGCCCAGAUGCUUCCUUGCUUUUGGACAAGAGCGCCGCAUGUUCCGUUCUCCCACGGCACCACCAACUAAUCAGUCUCUCCUGCUGCUGCAGAAAGGUCAGCGGCGGGGUCUGCAGGCCUCGGGGGUGGACCUGUGCUGCCGCACCACCUGGGGCAGCCGCACGGUCAUCUUUCGGGUGUCAGGGUGCCUGUCCCCCAUCCCCACUGCCGUCCAAAUGCUCCAAGCAGGGGACCCGCACUCAGGCCUCGGGGACCCACAGGCCUGCAGGAAUCAGAGCCGCCGGCUGACAAACGUCCUCCCCGAUUAG